GCUCCCGUCUAUCUCAUAUACACCCCAGAUUCGCUCCUAAAACCCUAAAUCGUGCAUAUACCCCGGUAAGAUUUUCAUUUUUCCUGCUUUGCCUACAAAUCGGAUUCUUCAAAAUCCUCCACAUCUAGAGCUACCAAUCAGCCAACUUUGAAUUCCAUCUCACUGAGGUCCAAUGGCUGCUGCUCCUAACAAUGCGCCGACGGCUGUGGACAAGGAACAGAUUUUUGGUAUGGCAGAGAAGGAGAUGGAGUACAGGGUUGAGUUGUUUAACAAGCUUACCCACACAUGUUUCAACAAGUGCGUUGAGAAGAAGUACAAGGAGGCUGAGUUAAAUAUGGGUGAAAACAGUUGCAUUGAUCGCUGUGUCUCAAAAUACUGGCAUGUAAGUUAUCAAUCUGUUUUCUUAUGA